CGCCCCUCGUCGCGCCGGCCCCGCCCUCCCCUUCCGCGCUCCCACGGCGCGCCGGGCCCCGGGGUCCCCGCGGGACUCCGCGGUGGCCACGGGCGCCGGACCGCGGGAGGGCGGGGCGCGUGUGUCCGCGCUUCCCCGCGCUCCGGGCCCGGCGCCUCCCGGGGCGCGGGGCGCAGGGCGGGCAGCUGGGCUGGGUUUGCCGUGCAGGCCGCGGCGGGCGGGCACCGGAUCGGGUCGGUGGCUGGGGCUGGUCGCCGCCACGGGAGAGGGUCACAGCCCACGGGAGACUCCUCCCGCGGGUGCCUGGCGCUUGUUACACUCUACGUUCCUCGAGAGCCUGCGGGCGCAGGUCGGGCCCAGUUCUCCAGAAUGACAGCUCCCAAGAGUGAUGUAGACCAGGUAGCUGGACCAACAACCAUUAAGACUGUCAGAGAAGCUCAGCUCUGGGUCCCUCGUUAUAAGCUGUGAACAGGAUGUGAAACAGGCUGACCCCUAAGCCCUGCCUCCCAGCACCCAGCCUGCCUGCUAGGAUGUUCCUCAUGAACGCCCCUCCAGUGGUGGCGCUCCAGUCCAGAUGGGAGGCCUUUGGCCAGCCCAGGAACUUCUGCUUUCCUGACUGCUUCUCUGAGUCUAAAGAAGAGGACACCUCCAGGGCAUCAGUGAGUGCCAGGGUACAGAUGCUCAUUAGCACACUACAGAGAGACGAGGCUGCCCUGGGCAUGAACCAUGAGCGUGUCACACAAAGAGGCCAACGUGCAGAGAGGUGCCGGGACAGCAGGCUGGCCCCCAAACCUGCUGUGUGCAAAGAGCAGCCAGAGUUCCCUGCUUGUGGUCUUGUUGCAAACUGUAACCCCCUGGAGAAAGAUGAAGCUGGGAGACAUGGUCCCUUGGAACUGGAUUCUGACAGUGAUGACUCUGUGGACCGAGACAUUGAGGAGGCCAUCCAAGAGUACCUGAAGGCCAAGGGUGGGGCUUCUGAGCCUAUGUCCCGAGGUCCCCCCUGUGUCCCAGAGCCUGCCCACAGCAGUACCCUGCCUAUCCCGUGUACCCCACAACUCACGCCUGGCUCAGGUAGUGAUCCUGUGGGAGCCAGCGAGGACCAUGGCUCUACUUCCCCAGCUAGCAUGAGCAGCGAGGACUCCUUUGAACAGAGCAUCCGAGCCGAAAUAGAACAGUUUCUUAAUGAGAAAAGACAGCAUGAAAACCCAAAGUGUGAUGGGUCUGUGGAUAAAAAAUCAGACCCAAAUGAAAGCCCUGCCAGACUUAGAGGGAACCAAGAGACCUCAGCCAGGGCAGCUCUGAUAGGAACCUGUAAGGAAUUUAUUUUCCGAAAACCUCCCAGGUUGACGAAGAUGAGCCCACAGCCCAGAAACUUCCGGCCAAAGGUCACCACAGAGUCUGAGACUCUGGUGAACACAAAGCUGACUGCCCACAAGCCAGAGGCUGCACAGAACAGGGGAGGAGUGAGGAGGAGCAUGCCUGCCAGGCGCAGCAAGCGGAUCAGGAGCCUAGCCCCAGUGCAGCAGGCAUCUGACUCCAGCAGCGAUGAUGGCAUUGAGGAGGCCAUCCAGCUAUACCAGCUAGAGAAAACCAGGAAGGAGGCCAGUGGGGACCCACCUCUGAGAGCCCAGCUGAAAGAGGAGAGCCCUGGCAGUGCCCAGCCAAGUGCCUUGCCUGAAGCCCACAGGAGAGCCCCUAGUAAGAAAAAGCUGACAGUUCCAAAGGUUGUGGACACCAACCUGGCGGGCCUCCACCCUGACCCCGUCUCCAAGGUCAUAAAGGACACAAGAGCCUCUGUACCUUCAGGGCACACAGCUGCCAAGAGUGAAGCUGUGUACCAUGCCUCAUGCCUAGCCGACACAUCCACUGAGCUGAUGUGUGCGGAAGCAAUCCUGGACAUUUCCAAGACCAUCCUGCCAGCCCCCGUGGAAGGCAGUGACAGGCUUCCAUCCAUGACCCCACUCUUCUGUCCCCCACCCAUGCCUCCCCGCUCUGAAGGUGACAGCAGCAACAUUGACAGUGAUGACAGCAUAGAGCAGGAGAUCCGGACAUUUUUGGCCCUCAAGGCACAAGUAGGGAGUCCUCAGCCUAACCAGGGCCCGCUGUCCUCGCCUGGCCCCAGUGGCCAGCCUGGCAUCCCCAAGGCCUCUCUUGCUAAAACACCAGAUCUGCCUCUGGGCUGCAAACGGAAACGGAGAAACGGAGGCAAUACUAUGGUGCCCAAGAAAAUAAGGGAAGGCAGAGAAAGUGCCCGGGACAGUGACCAUAUCCAGGGGAAAGUUCAGCCUGGCCAUGAUGGCUGGGACCCUCUCGGCCAGAGCAAAGCUACAGAGGCUCCAGGAGGGGAGGCUGAGGCCAAGGACCAGCCUGUCACUUCCAGGACGGUUGGGCUCAGCGACACACAGCUAUUGCAAGGCCAGGGAGGCCUCAGCAAGGCCAGUGAGGGGAAGUGUGCCAUUGAGAAAGAAAGCUCCGAGGAUAAGAGCAGUUCUCUGGACAGUGAUGAGGACCUGGACAUGGCCAUCAAGGACUUGUUAAGAUCUAAGCGGAAGUUCAAGAAGAGAUGCCGAGAGCCCCGAGCUGCAUGUAAGAAGGUCAGAUUUGGCACCACAGAGACUCGGGGUGGGGAGAAGCUGAGCAGCCUUCCUGGGGACUGGAAGGACCAAGGACAGCAUGCACUACGGAGCUGUCUGCCCAAGUGCAGAGGGGACAGCAAAGACAGCCCAGGAAGGAGCCCAGUUAGCAUCUCCGGCAGGGUGGCAGAGAGGGCAAAGCUGGGUGGCAUGGGGGCUGAGGAUGCCGCUUCUGCAUUGCUUCCCAGGAGGAAAAGUCCAGAAGAGACUCCUACCUCUAAGGACACAGUAUCCAGUAGCCACCCUCCUUCAGCCUCUGGCCCCCUGUCUGAGGACAGCUCAGUGGACAGUGAUGACAGCAUUGAGCUAGAGAUCAGGAAGUUUUUGGCAGAAAAGGCCAAGGAGUCUGUACGCAGUUCAGAACCUCAAGGGGUCCCUGCCAAGCCAGAGAUGCCCUGCAGGAAAGAGCCAACCCUGAGCUUGCAGCCUGGAGUGUGCACACGGAGCCAAAAAGCCAGGGGAACCCCUCAGCUGGCCGAAGGAAGAAGAGGCCCAGAGAGAGCUCGGACACUUGCAGCCAACCUCUUGAGCCAGACUGGGAGGGUCACCCCUCGUGCUGAGCAGGCCACUCGCCUCCCCACUGCCCUGGGCCGAAGCGAGCCAGCACUACCCAAGAACACCAGCAGGAACAGCUGUGCCAAAGCAUCUCCGCCAAACAGGAAAAGUGCUAGUGUUCACAAAGACCAACGGGGAACCCAGACUGCCGUGGCAGAAAGUGUUUUCAGUCAGUUGCCCAGUUACACAGAGGCUGGAAGUGCAGGGGGUGCCUUUCACCUGAACUAUGGCAGUCAGAACUUGUUGGCCCCCAAACCUGGACCCCAGGCUGACCUUACCCUCCCCUGGAGUGACUUUGCACACCAGAGCAGGCUGUCCAGCCCAUGGGCACUGAACUCGGGCCAAGGCACAGUGUGGACAGGGGUCUUCCGGGGUGAGAAAGAAAAAGGGGCCACAUCACAGGCUGGGGUCCCACCCAGCCUCUCCUCAGGCCCCAGGAAGAGCCUGCCUUUCCUCUCCACCCAGCUCUUCCACUUUGGGAAGAGUGUCUCCUGGGGAGCCAAGCAGGCUGGUCUCUUCAGCCCCAACCUGGGCCUGCCUCUGCAGGGUCCAGCAUUCUCGGCCUUCAGGGAGCCCCAGCCUGGCCAUAGCCCUGUAUUCGGAAGCCCACACUUGCUUAUGAAGGACAGUGGGCAGUGGUCAAGCCGGAAGGCUCAGGGGCCCCUGAGACAGCAGGACAGGAGGAAUUCCGGUUCUGAGGACAAUGUCCUAGACCUGAGAUACCGGCACAGGGUUGACAGGGAACACCAGGACCAGGAGGCUUUGGGCAGUGAUGCCAGCGAAUUCAGUGAUACCUCCAUGGAGGAUGGGGGCAGUGCCACAGUGAGCAGUAAAGGCCUCAAACUGUGACAGGCAUGUCGUGGCUCUCAGCUGUGGGAAGCAGUGUUCGCGUCCUGUCUGUGUGCGCAUGUGCAUACCUGCGCGUGUGUGUGUGUGUGUGUGUGUGUGUGUGUGUGUACUUACAGCAUGGGAUGGGAACAGGGGAUCCUGACAGUUAAAGAGCAAAACUGGGUCCCUUCUGUCCAGCCCCUCUAUAAAUAUGUACACUAAUCUCAAAUGACAUUCUUAUUUAAUGAUUGUGUCCUGGUACAUAUGGUUUUUUGUAGGAUUUUGGUUUUUUGUUUUUGUUAUUUUUUGUAAAUUAUUUAAAAUGCUGAAAAAAAAAACUUUUUGAAAAUGUUCAGUCUUGCAGGGUGUUCCUAGCUGCAAUUCUCUGUGGUCUCCGUGCAUGUAUGGUAGAUGAGCAAACACUUGGUUCUAACCAUCCCUGUGAGGGACAGAGGCAGAGGCUGAAACUGUCGGCCAUUUGCUGGUGCAAAUAUUCAGGCCGGCAGCAGCUGUCCACCUCGGAAGUGCUAAUAUGGCUGAGGUGUGUCAGGAUGCCAGUAGGACAGGGUGCUUCGUGAAGAACUCUGGUCCCUGGCCCAGGCUGUCUGGAUUCUGUAGUCAAGGCCCGCAACUAGAAAACACUUUGAAGCACAACAGCUAGCAAAUAGCUAACCAGCCAUCCCCUGUUUAGUAUGGGAAUCUGGCUGCUGGUGCUGCAGCUCAGUGGAGCCCAGAUCAUCCAGUAUCCAGAUGGUGGGGGAUUCUAGCAUCCAUAGAAACCUCUUCAUAUGAGAGCUACUGAUUUUCUCUGAAUCGUGUCUCUAAAAGGUGAUCCACAUGUUUGUUUUGAUGUAUGUAUGGGUGAGUAGUGAGGCCAUGAAAUGGCUUGGUCCCCUAACUGACCUUAGCCACUUGUGAUGGCAAGCCCCAGCCCUGGAAACAGUAAAGCUAAACCCUCCCCACUCCUGCCUUGUAAGACACAAAGGCCAGUUGUGUGCACCUAACAGUAACACUGGCAGUCUGCAUGGCUUCAUACAACCCUGUUUCUGCCCAGGAAGGCCUGGGCCAGUGCUGAGGACAGGCGCAGGCAGCAGCUUGGGAUCCUGGGAGUUAGGCAGAGUGGUAACUGCCGUGGUGCUGAGGUACCCAUGGCAACUGGGGGCUGAAGAUGUGAGGGACCCCAGUGAGGAGAUCACAUCUGUGUUGUGAUUAUUUGCCUGUCCCCCCUGAGUUCUGCAGCUCAGUAUACUGGAUUGCUAUGGGUCUACUUUGUGGCUGAAUCCUGUCAGUACUCUUAACAUUCUAACGUGGAAGUAAAUUUUCUACUUUAUGCGCCUGGGUCUGAAUUAUAAUUCACUUCUGUGCCCAAAUGCGGACACAGUGUCUGCCAUGUUGGAGCUGUGACUGUGACAUGGUGCAGGGCUCUGUGGCCCCAUCAUGGUCCUAAAUCAUCUUGAUCUGUGUAUAAGAGAUUCUGUGUGCAUAUCUGUUCAUGUGUUUCUAGGAGAAACAGCUUUGUGUCAUCCAUGUCCCCAUUUAAAAUUUUUAAAGAGUGCUUUUAACCUUGAAAACAAAAGCAUCUUGUUUUGUAUAUAAGACCCAUCAGGUUUUUGUUCUUGCUUUUCUAAUGAAUAAACCAAGUACUAUC